AUGUCGAAACGGGUCCGGAACAGCGAGGUCUGCGCCGACUGCAGCGGUCCGGGCUCGGCCCUCCGGGAACGUUUCCGUGGGGGGCACCGGCGACCCCAGCGGCGCACGGCUGUCGAGCAGCCGUCAGCUGUGCGAGGGGUCAAUGUACGGGGUGCUAAACAUGGGACAGCCCUUCAGAGGCUGUCAGAGGAGGCUCACAGCAGAACGUCUCUGCCCUUGCAGAGCGUGGACUCAGACCUGUCGGACGGGCCCAUCACAGUGCAGGAGUUCCUGGAGGUGAAGAACGCUCUGUCAGCCUCAGAGGCCAAGAUUAAGCAGCUGAUGAAGGUGAACAGCAGCCUGAGCGAGGAGCUGCGGCUCAUGCAGAAAAAGCUUCAGUCACUGCAAAGCGAGAACACGUCUCUAAGGCGGCAGGUCACAGCCAAUACGUAUCAGGCCCCCCCCGGUGGUUCUGAGCAGCCCGACCCCGCCGGCCCCGCAGGCCCGAAACGCUGCCCAACCGUGCGCGGCAGCCGGCCCAUGUCUAUGUAUGAGACCGGCUCGGGUCUGAAGCCCUAUCUCCCCAAGGGAGAAGCCCCCUACCCAGAAGAGAGUGUUUCCACUCCGCAGCCCCUCCCACCUCAUAUCGGGAGGGGUGCUUUUGUCACCUCCUCAUCCCUCCCCUCGUUUCCCUCCACCCUCUCCUGGUCACGGGACGAGACCACACAAAGGACCUCCGAGCUGGAGAAGCAGAGCAGCAUGCCGGACAGUGACUAUGACAACACGGCCAACAAUGUGGAGCCAGAAGAUUCGGGGCUCAUUCGGAGAGGCAAACUAAGGAGCGCCGAGCCGGACGACGAGCAGGUGGAGCCGGACCCCACCCUGCCCAGCACCGAAGACGUCAUCCGCAAGACGGAGCAGAUCACAAAGAACAUCCAGGAGCUGCUGCGGGCCGCCCAGGAGAACAAGCACGAGAGCUUCAUACCGUGCUCAGAAAGAAUACAUGUGGCUGUGACGGAAAUGGCUGCCCUCUUCCCCAAGAGGCCGCGCUCGGAGACGGUGCGGGGCUCCCUGCGCCUGCUCACCUCCAGCGCCUUCCGGCUGCAGUGCGAGUGCAAGGCAGCAGCGGUGCCAGAGGGGGGGACGAUGCCCGACACACAGCUGGUCACCCAGCAGGUCAUCCAGUGCGCCUACGACAUCGCUAAGGCUGCCAAGCAGCUGGUCACCAUCACCACCAAAGAGAACAGCAUCUAAGCACUGCCUGUCAGCCUUCCCUUUACUAUUUAACAGUUGGAGCCAUUAACUUUGUUUUUUUUUCUCCCUAUCAGUAUUAUUAAUAUUUGCAUGUUUUUUUUUUUUUUUUUAAUUUAAAGAACAAAGAUCAAGGUUCCCAGCUACUAUAAACAAACACCAGAUCCUGUCGUAUGCUGGUUUGAAGUGGUAGAUGGAGUUCGGUGUUGUCAGGAAUUGUAGAGAUGCAGUGUUACUUUUGUUUUGAUACAAUGCAUUACAGGUUGCGACAGCAAACCACCACUGUGGAUUACAUAUUCAGUAGCAUUUCUUUACAAAGACCGGAAUAGCAGCUACCGUUUCCCCCCCCCCCGCUCUCCCUGUCUGGUUGUCCACUGGUACAUGUGGGUUUAAUGUGGUUUCUUUCAGUUUACCUAGAGUCAGACUCAUUUUAUCAGCUCAAACAGCACAAGGGUGCCACAGGAGAGAAUGAUCAGAACUUAAGGAAACCAUAGCCCAGCAAUUUACAUACAUUGGCUCAAAUACCUCACCUGUUGCGUGUAAAUGAUCACCUGCUUACACAAAAACAUUGAAAAGCAGACCUCAUCCUGAAAGGUCUGUGUCCAUUUUGUUCAGAUCAGUCCAACCGAUAGAUGAGGUGCUCAGUAAAACUGGGAGAUUUUAACUGAACAUUCUGAGCCUCAGACUGAUUCUACUUUUUAAAUGUCAGCGCUCACUCUUGCUUCUCUCAUUCCAAAAUACUUUGCUUGUGCAGCAGGAUGUUAGUCUUUUAACAGAAUAUCCACCAGCAAUGGGAUGGACUUGCACACGGUUCAGCCUUCUGCCUUUACAGACAGAGGAGCACUUGACGUGGCGUUUGUUUGUACGUUAAUCCUCCGUGCCGUAUGUUGUGUGUGUCGUCCCUCAAGCUGCUGGGUUUAACUUGUGCAUCUAAAGCCGUGCGAUUGUAGCGUUUCUCUACCAGAGAAGUCCAUCUUUCUGUGUCUCACACCUUGGUGUUAUACUUGAAACCCACGAUCCAGGAAGUGUCUGCCUGCCCCCUCCCCCCCCCCCUUGGGGGUGGGUCCUGCACACAGGUGUGUUAGUCGUGUAGUGCUCACGGCUGUGGUGGGAAACUUGCCUUUUAUUUUUUAAUAAACUAUUUAUAACCUUAACCUCAGACAUUUUGUUUUUGACCUUUUACUGUACAAAUGUGUUGUAAAAUUAGCUUUCCUGUACUAUAUUUGUCUGAAGUAUACUGUAAACCAGGCUUCAAAUAAAACAUCUAUGAGACAA